UAAGAUGAGACUUUCCGUUGUCUUAUCUUUGCUAAGUCUAAGUAUUUAUUCGGAAGUUUUUGCCAAUGGCAUAGGAAAUCGUUACUUUUUGGAAAAACAGCGCUUUUUGCUGGAAAUUCUGCAUCAUGUACACGAGCCCUUGGUGAACCAACAAUGGCGAUCAUUGGGAGAGCACUUGGUAACCGAUAAGGAACAGUAUGUGGCCUACAACGAUCACAUGACCGAGUUUUACAAGGCCUUCAAUUUAGGAAAACUAUUAAAUCGAUAUGAAUACUACAAUCCACUUAAUGCCGAUCAUUAUCAACAGGCGCUGGGACUUUAUCAUUUUUUCUACUACACUAGAGAUUGGUAUACUUUAUGGCAAAAUAUUUGUUGGGCAAGAGUUCACCUAAAUCCUGGAAUUUUUGUACAAGCUCUGACGCAUACUAUCCUCAAAAGGGAAGAUUAUCAGGCACUGAUCAUGCCAAAGAUCUAUGAAUUGUGGCCAGAAACGUAUCACGAUGAUAAAACCGUAAGAAAGGCAAGAAAUUUCAACUUUGCCAACUGGAUAGGACACGAGAAUACAAGUGAUAUUGAGGAAAUCCACCCGCAAAAUAUGGAACCCUCAAGUUUGGAAGGUGGACUGCGAAAUUCUCUUGAAUGGUUUCAGGCCAUGGGCGAUGUGAAUAUACUGAGAAUGAAGCAGCAGAAACGAAAGAACAAAAUACAGCAUUUGUUAGAGGAUAUUAGUUGGCAGUCAUAUUGGUAUAAUCUAAACAUGGGUAUUGCUUUGACUACGGAAAAAUCAGAUCAGUUGCAGGAAUGGUGCUACUAUCAAUUAAGUCAAAUUCUGGCACGAUAUAAACUGGAACGCUAUGGACAGGAGCUACCGUAUAAGAAGUUGACGCCUGUAAGGAAUAUACAAAAACCGAAUCAUAGAUUUAAGGAAAGCUCUUCAAAAACAACGCAAAUUAUUAUGGAGUAUCUUAAAAAAUUCGAAGAAAGAGUGAGUGAUGCUAUUUCUUUUAGAAAUCUUGAGCUAACUAAUGGCACUUAUAUUAAUCUGGAAGAGAACGACAAUUGGCUAAUUGGACUUGCAGAACUAUUCCCAUACGAUUGGACAAAACUUACUAUAGAGGAACUUUUGAAACCUGCGCCUUUACUGGAUAUACGCACUUCUUUGAGAUCAGAAGACUUUUAUUAUUAUGUCGAGCGAGUUUUGCAGUCAUAUCGUUGGUAUCGUCAAGUGUUCCAACCCCCAAAUCAGAAAACGUUUAUUCCCAGUAAUCUCCGCAUCGAUGAUUUGCAAAUAGGUCCCCUGAUCACCUACGAUCAGCCGGUUGAUGUAGAUCUCAGUAAUAUCCUACACGCCAGGCAUUUCAACUUGGCAGGUCAGUUUGUGUGGCCCUUUACCUUGCAACAACGACAGUUUCGAUUGCAGCACAAGGAUUUCCAAUAUAGUCUACAAGUAUCGGGCAACAAAACACAAUCUACAAUUUUUCGGACUUUUCUAACCACUCCAGGGCAAGGAUCUAUAUUGAGAGAGCCCUUCUAUCAGUUGGACUCUUUUCUAACCGUUAUAUAUCCAGGAAUCAACAGAAUUACGAGGAAAUCGAAAGAGUUUGGAGGCCUGAUUGGUGAUCACAUCUCAUACACUGAACUCCAUCAGUUCGUAAAGCUGGCUGAAAGGGAGGAAUACGACUUCCCCUUGAAUAUUUCCACUUCUAACUGUGGAUUCCCUAGACGUCUGAUUUUACCACGGGGAGGUUCAGGAAAUCCUCUAAAGAUACGACUUCUUAUCGUGGCCACCGUCUAUGACUUCAAGGCUCGGCAGGGCAACGAACUCAAUUGCGAUUUUACCAAGGGUAUCAGUCGAUGGGAUGAAUUGCCCUUGGCUUAUCCCUUUGAACGCAUUCUGGAAGACGAUACCCAAGCUGUGGAGAUCUCUGGUGACCAUGUGUACUGGAAAGAUGUCAAUAUUCUGCAUGAGAACUAUCAAGCUUAAAA